AUGAGUCUGGAACCGACGCAAACAGUGUCGGGCACGCCGCCGAUGCUUCAUCAGAGAACGCACAAACAAGUAUACCCAUUGCGGAUGGAAACUAUCCCAAUAUUACAAUCAGACUCCAAAGCUACUCUAGAAAACAAUGUGCCCACCAAACAAGAUGAAGAGGAAAGCGAAUAUUUUGAGAACAAACAGUCUGUAUCGAAUGUCAGUCCCGAUUUGAAAUUUAAAAGACACAAGAAUAAACAUGUUCAGGGGUUCCCUACUCUGGGUGAAAGGCUGGAUAACUUGCAAGAUAUCAAAAAGGCUAAGAGAGUAGAGAAUUUCAAUUCCUCUAUGCCGGUUGGUGACGACAAUCAUGUCGGGGAUGCGAGUGCAAAUGUAAAUGCAAGCGCGAUGCCCGCUCCUUAUAUGCCUUAUUAUUAUUACUACCACCCUAUGAAUGCACCCACUCCUGCAAUGAUGCCAUAUCCUGGAUCACCAAUGCACUCCAUGAUGCCCAAUUCUUCAUUACAGCCCUUUUAUUCACAGCCCACCGCUGGAGGUGGUCCCGAUAUGACUUCUCCCCAGAAUAUAUCUUCAUCACAACAAUUGCUGCCUGCACCGCAGUUAUUUCCCUACGGAUCAUUCCAUCAUCAACCACAGCAACAACCAUACUACAUUCAACGAACAAGAGAAAGAAAAAAAUCGAUAGGAAGUCAAAGAGGUAGAAGAUUAUCUAUGCUAGCGUCUCAAGGGAAUGGUGGAAACACUAUUAUAUCCCCGCAUAAGGAUAUUCCCGAGGAAGAUUUUUACACAGUGGUUGGAAAUGCGUCUUCUUUUGGUAAAAAUUUACAAAUACGACAGCUUUUCAAUUGGUGUUUAAUGAGGUCUUUGCAUAAGUUAGAGUUAAAGGCCAAGGACCAUGAGGAGGAAUCAGAACUGGAACAUCAGACGAAAAAAUCCAAGCUGGAACCGAAAAAGAUGGACACCGACUAUGUGGAUCCCAAACGUCUGGCUAUGGUCAUUAUAAAAGAGUUUGUCGAUGACCUCAAAAGAGAUCAUAUUGCUAUAGAUUGGGAGGAUGAGGAAAAAUAUGAAGAUGAAGAUGAGCAAAAGGCACUGGAUAAUACUGAAAAUUACGAUGAUACGGAACUGCGACAACUGUUUCAAGAAAACAACGAUGACGAUGACGAUGACGAUGAGAUGGACUAUUCAGAGAUGCAAAGGUCUAGUCGUAAAUUCAAUGAGAGGAGAAAGACGGUACUGAAGGAUCCAAAGAAGUUACUGCCCAAUAGUAAGAACGUAGAAAAUACCAAAAACCUCACCCUUUUAACCGACAAAGUGAACGCAAUCAAAAAUGAAGUAAAAGAAUGGGCAAUCACUUUAGAUACUUCAAGACCGGAUCUUGAAUGGCAAGAACUAACAUUAUUGUCACCACAACCGCAUGAAAUAAUAUCGGAUACAGAAGAAUCAGAUAUUGUUAUUGCGGAUAUGGAGGAGAAAUUACAAACAAAGGUCGAUGAGUUAAGGUAUCAGUCGCAUAUGUUAAACUCACAUUCAUCAGCCUUAAACGAAAUAACAGCUUCUAAGGUAAAUAAAUUGAACAGAGAGACAAUAAGGAAGAUUUCCAACGAAACGGAUGAUGUCCACUCACAAGUAAUCGACUCUCAACAAUUAUUAAAAGGGUUAAGCUUGUCUUUCAGUAGAAAACUGGACUUAUAA